CGCACCGAACAUGUUCCGGGCACUGGACGCUGCGCUCGCCGUGCUGCUGGCCGUCUCUUUGCGGAGCCCCUGGAGCGGCACCGGUGUCAGAGCGGCUGUCUUCUCGGCUCAAAUCUCCCCCCCGGACCCGUGCUACGACGAGCACGGCAGCCCGCGCCGCUGCAUCCCUGACUUUGUCAACUCGGCGUUCGGCAAGGAGGUGAAGGUGUCCAGCACCUGCGGCAGGAGUCCGGGCCGCUACUGCGUGCUGAGCUCAGCGGACAAAGGGGACGAGAGGACCCGCAACUGUCACACCUGCGACGCGUCCGACCCCAAGCGGAACCGUCCCCCGGCGUACCUGACUGACUUGAACAACCCGCACAACCUAACGUGUUGGCAGUCGGACAACUUUAUCCAGUACCCGCAGAACGUCACGCUCACGCUCUCCCUGGGCAAGAAGUUCGAGGUUACCUACGUGAGCCUCCAGUUCUGCUCUCCGAGACCCGAGUCCAUGGUGAUUUACAAGUCCAUGGACUACGGCAAGACGUGGGUGCCCUUUCAGUUCUACUCGACUCAGUGCCGAAAGAUGUACAACAAGCCGAACCGGGCCGCCAUCACCAAGCAGAACGAGCAGGAGGCAAUCUGCACGGACUCACACACGGACAUAUUCCCGCUGAGCGGAGGUCUCAUCGCCUUCAGCACGCUGGACGGCCGGCCCUCGGCGCACGACUUCGACAACUCCCCGGUUCUGCAGGACUGGGUGACGGCCACCGACAUCCGUGUGACCUUCAGUCGCCUGCACACGUUCGGCGACGAGAACGAGGACGACUCGGAGCUGGCGCGGGACUCGUAUUUCUACGCCGUGUCUGACCUGCAGGUGGGCGGCCGCUGCAAGUGCAACGGCCACGCGUCCCGCUGCGUCAAGGACCGAGACGGCGAGCUGGUGUGCGAGUGCAAGCACAACGCGGCCGGCCCGGAGUGCGACAGGUGCAAGCCCUUCCACUACGACCGGCCGUGGCAGAGAGCCACAGCCCGGGAGGCCAACGAGUGCGUUGCCUGUAACUGUAACCUCCACGCCCGACGCUGCCGCUUCAACAUGGAACUGUACAAGCUAUCGGGCAGGAAGAGCGGGGGAGUGUGCCUCAACUGCCGCCACAACACGGCAGGACGGCAUUGCCACUACUGCAAGGAGGGCUACUACCGAGAUCUGUCCAAACCCAUCUCGCACAGGAAAGCCUGCAAAGCAUGCGAUUGCCAUCCCGUGGGUGCUGCCGGCAAAACCUGUAACCAAACCACAGGACAAUGUCCCUGUAAAGAUGGCGUGACCGGUAUCACGUGCAACCGCUGCGCUAAAGGCUUCCAGCAGAGUCGCUCGCCCAUUGCCCCCUGCAUAAAGAUCCCACUGACACCGCCUACGACACCAGCCAGCAUUACAGAAGAGCCCUCAGACUGUGACACUUACUGCAAAGCAUCAAAAGGAAAAUUGAAAAUCAACAUGAAGAAAUACUGCAAGAAGGAUUAUGCUGUUCAGGUGCACAUUCUGAAGGCGGACAAGGCCGGGGAGUGGUGGAAGUUCACCGUCAACAUAAUUUCCGUCUACAAGCAAGGCGAGAGCCGCAUCCGCCGCGGAGAUCAGUUUCUGUGGGUACGUGCCAAAGACGUGGCCUGCAAGUGUCCCAAGAUCAAACCUGGCAAAAAGUAUCUUCUGCUGGGCAACAACGAGGACUCCCCUGGGCAGAGCGGCGGUGUGGUAGCAGACAAAGGCAGCCUGGUUAUCCAAUGGAGGGACACGUGGGCGCGAAGGCUGCGGAAGUUUCAACAGCGUGAGAAGAAAGGAAAGUGCAAUAAGCCAUAGAUGGAAAAGACGCAGUAGGAAAGGGAUUGCAGAGAAAAGGAAUGAGAGAAAGAAGACUACAGCCGGAAGAGACUGUUGACAUUGCUGCUUUUUGUUUUUUUGUUUAGUAGCAUGAAGAGAAUCAUUUAGGAAUUCUUCUGUAGUGAACUUUGGUUGAAGGAGCUCACCCUGCAGAUUUGGGUUUCACCCUAUCUAUAAGUUUGACAUCCGUUUCUUUUGGAUUUGCCCAGUUUGCACCUAUUACCAGUUUAUGUAUGACUAGUGUGUUGGUUGAACACCCAGUAUGAAAUCAUAAUACUGAAUACUGUCGUUCUGUUUUAUUGACUGGUGCAAAAAGCCACUACCGUAUUUUUCGGACUAUAAGUUGCACCUGAGUAUAAGUCGCACCAGCCAUAAAAUGCCCAACGAAGAGGAAAAAACAUAUAUGUCGCACUGGAGUAUAAGUCGCAUUUUGGGGGGAAAUUUACUUGAUAAAAUCCAACAUUUAGAAUAGAUAUGUCAUAUUGAAAGGCAAUUUAAAAUAAAAAUACAAUCGAGAACAACAUGCUAAAUAAGUGUAUAGCAGACAUGUCCAAAGUCCGGCCCAGGGGCCAAAUACGGCCCGUGGUCAAAUUUCAUCCGGCCCCCAGCCUCUGUCAUGAAAUCAAUAAUGGCUGGCCCACAAACAGACUUAAUAAAUUGGUUAGCAGUACUGCUACCAGCAUAUGAAGUAUGUUACACACUAAAUGCUGCUCCUCAUUUACCCACGAAAAGGCAGCAGCACUCUAAGCAACAUUACCCCGUGUGACCCUUUAUUCCCAAUUUUCUAAAAUGGCGACAAUCAACAAAAUAAGAAAGUUGACUGUGACAGCUGGCGCUUCAAGGAUAGGUGGAAAUUGGACUCAUUUCUUCACUAAAAUAUGCAACUGUCUGCCUUAUUUGCAAAGAGACAGUCCCUGUUUUUAAAGAGUUCAAUGUAAGGCGAUAUUACUAAACAAUACACGCUGACAUGUACGACAAGAUUACAUGCAAGAUGCGUAGCGAGAAAUUGAAGCAACUUGAAGCUAGUUUAAUUUCACAGCAGCAGUAUUUCGCAAGAGCCCGAGUCGAAAGAGAACGCCACAAAGGCUUGUUGUAAGAUUGUUGAAAUUAUUAAUAAAAAAUAAAUAAAUAAAUAAAAAUAAUAAAGCAAAUGUGACGUACAGAAUGGCUUGCUAAAAUUUGCUUAAAUAUAUUGGUAUACAUAAAAGACGUCAGCCAAGGUCGGCCCCCCACAUUUUUACCACAUCAAAUCUGGCCCCCUUUGCAAAAAGUUUGGACAUCCCUGGUGUACAGUGAUGCAUGAACAACGAAAUGCGAACGUGGCCGGUAUGUUAACGUAACAUAGCUACUAUGGGUCAUUCAGAUUACUAUAGCAUAAGGAACAUGCUAACAAGUUUACCAAACCAUCAGUGUCACUACAAAACACCAAAAUAACAUGUCAAAUGACACAAAAAUGUGUUCAAAAUUUCCCACAUAAGUUGCUCCCACAGCCAAACUAUGAAAAAACACUGCGACUUAUAGUCCGAAAAAUACGGUAAUUACCACUGAAUUCUCUUCCAUGCGAUCGUAUUUUUGGAAUGUUUUUCAGCAACUUUCAAACUAAGAGAACGAUAUUUCUCAUCAUUGGAAAUAUGGCGAAUCAAUAUAUGCAAAAACUUUCAGAUAAACUAACAUUUUUUAUUCCACUGCUAAACACUAUACGUGUUUCUGCUUUGGGUCAGAUGAAAAGCAUUUUCUUGAAUCAGUUGUAAUACUUUUUUUUUUAAUACACCACUUUGAAUAUCAGUGUAAGAAGAGAUGGAUCCAAUUUCUGAUCAAUGUAAUAAAUCCUAGAAGACAAACCACAGUGAGUCUAAACAAUGUGACAAGUCACGAUUUGUGGUCAAAGGAAACUUAGGCUCUUGUUAAAAAAACAAAAAAAAAAUUUAAAUGGAUGAAUUGGGCACAAAGUAUGAUACAUAUUGUCACAAAGAAAAUAUUUUUUAAUGUCUUUUGUUUACACCACUGUUUAAAACGGGUCUCCAAACCGGUCCUCGAGGGCCGCUGUGGGUCCUGGUUUUUGUUCAUACUGAUCAAGCACAGACUUUUAACCAGUGUGGUUUGUACUAAAACAAGCAGCACCUGACUGCAAUCAACUGAUUACACUUAUAAAACACCUGAUUGGUGAAAAGGUGCGGUCUUGUUUUGUUGGAGUGAAAUCCUGUACCCACUGCGGCAACAUGUGGAAUAGUUUGGAGACCACUGGUUUAAAAUAUUGACAUACAAUACCAAGGAAAGCAACACUUUCACUUAAAAAAAUCUCUGGGUAGGGAUUCAUCUCUGUCUACAUAGGCAGUUGUCUUUCAAUGUGCAACAAGGUAUAGACCCUACUCACCGCCCCGGUGUUAUCUGACGCUGUAAACUCAUUGGAUGCGUUGCAUAAAAGGCGUUAUGUGGAAAAGCUUCAGUUUAUCCAUUCGCCAGAUCCUUAUGUAUGCCUAAAUCGAUGUUUUUUGACCCGCUGUCUUCGCCGUCUUUGCCUGACAUCUGCUAGCUACCCUGAUAUUUACAACUAUCUUGUCCACACAAAAUCAGCCUAUUCUCACGAAAGUUUGAAAAACUUUAAGAGCUUGGAGGCUUAUAAAUACUUCGUUGCUGGUUGGGUGAAACAGGUCCUCGUCCACGAAAAUUCGGCAGGAAUCUAUCGUGUGCUCGGGAAGGUGAGUUACGAAAUUUUCAAUUCAAAAUCUUUUGUUCUUGCUAACAUCCACUGUCAAGUCUAAUGUAUUUCAUGUCAUUUGUCAAUGGAGCGAGGGCUUUUAAUGUUUAUAUGGUUUAGCGAUACUCUCACUACAUACAUAUGUAAAAUGUAAUAAAUAUGAAGUGCGAUAGCACUACUCCAGAUUGUCCCUAGUUGAAUUUAUUUUUUGGCUUUUGACCUCAAUAGAGAAAUUGUAAAUUAAUUGUAUGACAACUGUCUGAUUAUCCCCUUAUAAUUAUAUAUUUUCAGGUAGUUCAUUCACAACGUCUGAGUGUAUGUUGUCGGCGAUUAGCCUAGCAAUGAUCUUAAUUGUGGUUGUCAGCCCAAAACCCUCUAAAUAUAUAUUAAAUGCAUCUUACCAGAUAUAAAAUGACUACUACAUAAUCUGUGGUAGUCGUUUGGAGCCCAGUUUUCUCGUCGAAUUGCAGCAGUCAAUCUCGGUCUCCUCUCCGGGUCUCUCGGAAUACGGUAAAACUUCAAGUCUCUCCGUCUAUCUUCUCUGUUUUUGCAACCGACCGGCACACACGACUUCACCAUUUUGAUUAUUAAUGUUAACGAGCAGAAAAACACGCCAUAAUAAAAGGAAUUUACGAAGCGCUAAUGCAUUAACAUGACGAGUAUACGGACAACAUGGCGCGGGGGCGUGGCUGUGACGUCACGUGAGUAGGGUCUAUUGAUGCAGUUCAGUUCAUAUCUUAUCAAAGAUGCAAAAAUGAAUUUAAAGUAGGGCUGUCAAAAUUAUCACGUUAACGGGCGUUAAUUUUUUAAAUUAAUCACGUUAAAAUAUUUGACGCAAUUAACGCAGAUGCUCCGCUCAGACAGAUUUAAAUGACAGUACAGUGAAACGCUCAAUUGUUGUGUGUUACGGAGUUUUGCCGCCCUCUGCUGGCGCUUGGGUGCGACUGAUUUUAUAGGCUUCAGCACCCAUGAGCAUUGUGUAAGUAAUUAUUGACAUCAACAAUGGCGGGCUACUAGUUUAUUUUUUGAUUGAAAAUUUUACAAAUUUUAUUAAAACGAAAACAUGAAGAGGGGUUUUGAUAUAAAAUUUCUAUAACUUGUCUUUUAAGAACUACAAGUCUUUCUAUCCAUGGAUCGCUUUAACAGAAUGUUAAUAAUGUUAAUGCCAUCUUGUUGAUUUAUUGUUAUAAUAAACAAAUACAGUCCUUAUGUAACGUAUGUUGAAUGUAUAUAUCCAUCUUGUGUCUUAUGUUUCCAUUCCAACAAUAAUUUACAGAAAAAUAUGGCAUAUUUUAUAGAUGGUUUGAAUUGUGAUUAAUUGCGAUUAAUUACGAUUAAUUAAUUUUUAAGCUGUAAUUAACUCGAUUAAAAAUUUUAAUUGUUUGACAGCCCUGAUUUAAAGAAAACUAUGGCUUUUUCAAUCCUUGCAAACAUUCAGGAAAAACACUUGCAAAAAUAAACAUUUCAACCAGUUAAAGUUUUUUUUUGAAUUGCAAAACAAUAUGCUUAUUAAACAAAAAUUGGUAAUGUAGCAAAAAAAUAUAUUUCCAGCAAAUUACUGUGAAAACACACCAUACCACAAUUAUUUGCAGAAUUGUGUUGCUCUUGUACAUAUGACUGCAUUUUAGGUUGGUUUUAGCCACCACAAAUUUUUAUUCAUCCCCAAAUGCCAUGUAUUUCUUGUCAUACAUGAGAAUCCCAAGCAUUUUAUUAACUAAUGAGCCAGUUUUCACACAAUGAAAAAGUGUGUUAGUAGUUUAUAAUACAGCAGUACUGCUUUAGCCCCCGUUUCUUGGAAGCACAAUUUGAUUCAAAUGUCCAUUUUGUAUCAAAUUGCAAAUUUUGUUAACUUAAAGAUGUACAGUACGACUGAAAAGUAGAGCGAGCUGUUAUAGUCAAACUGACUCAGCAUUUUAGAUUUAUUGUUUGAUUUAGAGCAUUUCACCUCUGUGCAAUGUCUAAUCGUUCCACUUUUUACUGACUGUCACUUCGGCAAAGACGAAAUACUAUUCAGCGAUUUGUUUACACAUUUAUUAAACUGUUUAUCCUGAAACAUCAUGCCAUUCGACAGUAUUAUUGUGUUAGUCAACUACACAAUAUAACCUUCCAUAUUACUGUCAUAUUGCAGAGCAAAGGUUUGGAGAGCUACCCGUCAAAAGUGUUACUAUGUCUUCAUACUAUGAAUUGUAAAUUUUGUUUAGAUGUCACAUUUGCAAAACCCUUCCUUUUUUUGCAAUGUUGUUUUUACAAUGUGUACUAAUAUAUUACGGUUAUUAUAUAUGAAUAUAUUUAAUUACACAAAACAUGGUGGAUUGUGUUUUUCUCAACUUUUUAUCUGUAUUUUUUUUCUUAUUUGUUGUUAUUGUAGACUGUGCCCAUUAAUUGAAGAAGGAAAUUAUAACUACUGAACAUACCAACCUGGUAGAACUAAAGGCAUAUUUUCAAAUAAACUCU